GGGUGACACCCGGGUGUUUUGCUCGGUAACAUCCGCACAGAGAUGGCAGUAGAGCCGUAGCUGACUGUGGGGCCUGUGCGGUGACCAGCAGCCCUAACGUUACCGAACCACGGACUGUAGGGAAGGACCGCAGCGCUAAAACAAGUGCCGCCAUGGGACAUGGAGUAGGCUGAACAAGAGGGCCUAGCAAAACACAUCUGUUGCUUUCCCACUGUGGUGAAUGACAUGGCCACGGCCUCAUCGAGAGCAGAGACUAGCCAUAACCACAGACUCACAUCACAGCUCCAUGCCAUUGUUUCAUGUGCCAAACUCAAGAGGAAGAAGAGCGUUUUCGGGGCGGCCAUUUACGUGGAGGUGACAGCAGAGGGAGAGACCCGCCGCACGGCGAAAUCUCACAGCUCCUCCAACCCGAAAUGGGACGAGAGGCUGACUCUGACUGUAACGCCACACACGCAGGUGGAUUUCAAAGUAUGGAGUCACCACACCCUGAAAGCAGACGCUCUGCUGGGCAAAGCUACGCUGGAUCUCAUUCAGGCUUUGGAGCGGCAUGACAGAAAAUUGGAGAAUGUGAAGGAGGUGCUGAAGCUGAGUAUGGAACAGAAAGGGGUUUCUGUGCCUGUCGGCGAGCUGACUGUGUACCUUGAUGGCCUGACUGUCACUGACCAGGAGGAACUGGUGCCGCUGACCAAUGGCAACACAGCAAAUGGCACCAAAGUCCAGCAGAAUGGUGAUGCCAUUCAUGAAAACGGAGACUCCUCUUCCUCUUCUUCAAGGGCUGCAAACAGCACCGUGAAUGGAACAGACUUGGGUCAGAGGUCAGGCUCCUGCUCAGCCUCCAGCGGUGCAGAUGGUCCGGUGCCUUCCAGCCCUGCCCUCGAUCACACCACCGCUGUGAUCAACGGAGAUCCGACCCCCAACUCCACCCCGGUGCACCAACCUACAGACAGCGGCCCAGACACCAGAAUGGUAAACGGGGAAUCCUCUGAGACCGUUCUCAGGCAAUCUUCUGCUUCUAGAAGGGAAACGCAGCCCUCUGCAGGUGAAAACGAGGAGAGCUCUCAUGAUGCUGCACCGCCAAACGCUGAAACAUCACCAGCCAGCACUUCCCGGCCCCCUCCGGCUCCCACACCUUCCUCCACCUCUUCUCCUGCUGCUAAACCUGCCAGCGGCGCCGCUCCCUCUUCCUCCGUCGCCGCUGCUGCUGCUUCCACCACGUCAGCCUCUGCAACCCAGGGAGCACCCACCGUAACAACGUCCUCAUCGUCGUCGUCCUCCUCCCCAGCACCAGGAGAAGUGGGGGCUUCAGGAGCAGGCAGUAGUAGCAGCUCAACAACAACAACAACAAAUACUGAUGGGGUGAAACCCAGACAACAGGUUUCUAAUGCUCCAGCAGGAGACCCUCUACCACCAGGGUGGGAGCAGAGAAAAGAUCCACAUGGGAGAACUUACUAUGUAGACCACAACACCAGAACUACUACCUGGGAAAGACCACAGCCGCUUCCUCCAGGCUGGGAGCGCCGAGUGGACGAUCGGGGUCGGAUCUAUUACGUGGACCACAACACCCGGACCACCACGUGGCAGCGGCCCACCAUGGAAUCGGUGCGCAACUUUGAGCAGUGGCAGAGCCAGCGCAGCCAGCUGCAGGGAGCUAUGCAUCAGUUUAACCAGAGAUACCUCUACUCUGCAUCUAUGAUGUCUGCUGAGAAUGAUCCUCUUGGCCCUCUACCUCCUGGUUGGGAGAGGCGUGUGGACUCCAAUGACAGAGUUUACUUUGUGAACCACAAUACCAAGACAACACAGUGGGAAGACCCUCGAACCCAAGGGCUACAGAACGAGGAUCCUCUGCCUGAAGGGUGGGAAAUCCGGUACACGAGGGAAGGAGUUCGCUACUUCGUGGAUCACAAUACUCGGACCACCACUUUCAGCGACCCGCGCACUGGAAAGUCUUCUGUCACCAAAGGCCCACAGAUUGCAUACGAGCGCAGCUUCAGGUGGAAGCUCGCUCACUUCCGUUACCUGUGUCAGUCUAAUGCUCUGCCGAGCCAUGUGAAGAUCACCGUCUCCAGACAGACGCUGUUCGAAGACUCUUUUCAACAAAUCAUGGCUCUGAAGCCUUACGACCUACGGAGGAGGUUGUACGUCAUCUUCAGAGGCGAGGAGGGUCUGGACUACGGUGGCUUAGCCCGGGAGUGGUUCUUCCUCUUGUCCCACGAGGUGCUGAACCCCAUGUACUGCCUGUUUGAGUACGCAGGAAAGAGCAACUACUGUCUGCAGAUCAACCCGGCGUCUGCCAUCAACCCAGAUCACCUCUCCUACUUCUGUUUCAUUGGCCGCUUCAUCGCGAUGGCACUUUUCCACGGAAAGUUCAUCGACACGGGCUUUUCUUUGCCGUUCUACAAACGAAUGCUGAACAAGAAGCUCAUCCUGAAAGACCUGGAGUCCAUCGACCCGGAGUUCUACAACUCUCUCAUCUGGAUCAGGGACAACAACAUCGAGGAAUGUGGGCUGGAGAUGUACUUCUCCGUGGACAUGGAGAUCUUGGGGAAAAUCUCAUCUCAUGACCUGAAGCUCGAUGGCGCCAACAUCCUGGUGACGGAGGAGAACAAGGAGGAGUACAUCAGUCUGAUGGCAGAGUGGAGGUUCUCCCGUGGGGUGGAAGGUCAAACCAAAGCUUUUCUGGAUGGCUUCAACGAAGUGGUCCCGCUUCAGUGGUUGCAGUAUUUCGAUGAGAAGGAGCUGGAGGUGAUGCUGUGCGGCAUGCAGGAGGUGGACCUGCAGGACUGGCAGAGAAACACCGUGUACCGCCACUACACCAGGAACAGCAAGCAGAUCAUCUGGUUCUGGCAGCUGGUGAAAGAAGUGGACAACGAAGUGCGUCUGCGACUCAUGCAGUUUGUGACGGGAACCUGCCGGCUUCCUCUGGGCGGCUUCGCUGAGCUGAUGGGAAGCAACGGGCCACAGAAGUUCUGCAUCGAGAAAGUGGGGAAGGACACAUGGCUUCCCCGUAGCCACACAUGUUUUAACCGCCUGGACUUGCCUCCCUAUAAAAGCUACGAACAGCUGAAGGAGAAGCUGCUCUUCGCCAUCGAGGAAACCGAAGGAUUUGGCCAAGAAUAGAGGGACAAAGUCCUCUGGUGUUGUCCCCUCUGCUAGCCCCCCCUCUCUGCUGUUCAAUCAGCCAAGAAAAACAAACCAACAACAAAAAAAAUUGCACAAGAUAACCACCAAUGUAUAUAAGCUAUUUUGUCAUUUAAAACCAAAUCCUAAUUUGCAGCAUCGUUUUUUGCCGCAUUCCUGUUCCUAGUCCUUAUAUAAUAUAUAACGCCCCCUUUCCCCUCCAUGAAAAUAUGCAAAACAUUUCAUCCAUUUGCUUUUCUGUUUUAAAAACAGAAAUCAUGGAUAUUUUUUCUUUUUUUUUUUUUUCUUUUUAGAUGUCCACCCCAAGCGGCUGACUGGCUUUUAAAAAAAAUUUAAUAGACUGAAAGUGCUUUCGAGAGGGUUUUCUAGUUUAGGCUCAACCUUCUUUUAAAGCUCUAGUUCUAUAGAGCUGUUAAAAGGCAAAAAGUUAGUUGUAUUUGGCGUUCAGUGCCUGAAAUUUAGUUUUUUUCCUUGUGGGACAGAUGGUCGUUUUAGAAAAUCCUGUGUGCUUGCAUGCUGCCUACAAACAUUAGACGACCACCGUCACCGCGAGCGUGUGCACGCAAACUUUUUAUUUUUCCGGCAUGGAUCGACCCAUCCUCGACGACAAAAAUCAGCGAUGGAUCAUCUCUUCUGGGGCAAAAAAAAAGGAAUCUUAAUUGUGUCUUUAAAUCGAUGAGAACUCAUUGGAGGAUAUUAGAUAUUUUAAAAAUUUCAUUGAAAACAAGCCAUUAGUAUGUAUGUGUGUGUGUGUGAGUGUGUGUGGGUGGUGACAGUAGUGCCGGUUUAUGCCAGAAACGUUCCAGGCUGUAUCAAGACUGUGGCCUGUUUUGCACACUGUGACGUAACGAGAGAACGGCGUUGGCACGGCGAUCUACGAGGACGACUCUGAUCAUCUGCAGUUUCCGUUUGCAACUAAGAAAAUGGACACAAAAAAAAAGAAAAGAUACAGCGGCGCUAGUUUGUGUGAUUUGCAGAUGUUGGAGUUGGACUGUAGGUCGUGUCCUUCUGAAGCCACUGUGUUCGAUGCAACACUACGUUUUGAUUAUUUGUACCUCAUGUUAGCAGGAUCGCGUCGUCUUCAACCCUUUAGCAGACAGUGAUCGGAGAAAAAUAAGGCUCUGAUAUCUUUAGCCGCUGUUUUCACGCAAGACUGAAGGUGGUGUUUUAAAAAAAAGAAAAAGAAAUGUGUUACUUAGACAAGCAGGCAGAACAGAGGGGGAGAAAAUACUGCUGUCUGACCGCUCAACCCAGCUACUUCAUCCAUGAUGCUCACGUUGUGAGCUGAGAAAGCCUUAUUUGCUCAAAAAACCUGCACAGCCUAGGUUUCCUUCAGUUUUUAAAGGGCCAGUGCCCCUUUCCCCCCCCCUCUCAAAGACAUCACACCACACUGCUGUUGCAGAUGAUUUCAGUUAGAAGUCUAGGAAAAAAAAAAAAAGAAGCAAAAUAAAUUUAAAUGUUUUAUCACUGCAAAGCGCCACAAGCUACUGUCCUGGAUUAGCUUGUGAUCCAUUAUCAGUCAUGUAAAUAACAUGUAUUCAACUGAUUGUGGCCGCAGGAGGCCAUUUUAUACAGAGAUCCAUCAAACUGUGCUUCCUUUCCGACAGAAACCUGUAAUCCAAAUCAGUUGUUGCGUGUUUCGAUUGCAUAAAGACGACAGUGAAAUGAAAUACUUUAAUAUUAUAAUCGACCACGCAGAGCUACCGCUCCACCGAUGGGGAAUCUGUGAUGCCUUUUGUUCUUAUCAGAAUAGCGGCGGGGGGAGAGGGUCGUUUCAGGUCGCCUGGGCCGUAGCCGGUCGUUCUGGCCCGGGGUCGGACCGUAGCUCCCGUCAGGCCCCAAGUUCAGGGGUCGGGGGUGGGUCGGCUUGACUGCCUGAAACGCUUCCGCUCUGUAACAUAUCACGUGUAGAUACACACUGUAAAACACCAACCACACUGUACAGAAUGCCCCCUCUACAGGAGACCAUGUGUAUAGAAGAUUCAUUUCUAAUCUGAUUUCACCCAUUUUAAAUGGAGAGAGAUGGAUUUAUGAGAUACGAAUAAAUAAGUGAAUAAACCGUCA